GGCAGUCAAGUCAGUAGCUUAUGUGCGCUCGUGCUGCGAGCAUCGUCUCAGUUAAAAGCGGUAAUAAUGUCACCACAUGUCAGUAGACAACAACAAGUAGUGAGAAGAAUAUCGUAGUUAUUUUUAUCCGUUGGUUUUCUUUUCUACGUUGUUUCCGAAAGAUUUUCGAGGACGAUUGCAAUAAGAUUGAUAGAGAAAAAUCCAUAAAAUAUACGAGACAAUUUGAUUAAUAAUAAAGUUAAGUAAAACAAUAUAAUCCAAAAAAUUUCGGUCGCAGGCUGAAGUUUUCUUCGACUCAUAGACACAUGUUUUUUUUUUUUUUGUUUUUUUUUUGGGUUUUUAUUCGAUAGCAAAAGAGAAGAGGGUAACCUUCGAGGAGGUCCAACUUUGAGUACUAGUAUACGACGAUAAGAGUGCGAGCUUUUUUUUACAUCGUAUCAGACGACCGUUUGUUUCGUUAAAAGUUACUACAUACUUUGGUUACGUUUGUACUUUAUUUUUGUUCUGACGUUUGUUCGAACGUAUCUUCUGUCGAUCUCGUCGCUUUUCGAGCAAAUCAAUUUUUGGCUCGAUCGUUGGAUGAGAAAACGAAGAAAAGGAACGAAAAGAUAAAAAAGUAUAAAAAAGUAACGCCGAACAACGAAUGUCGGUGUUCGAUGAUCGGACAAUUUUUCACUAACGAAAGCUCAUAACCGUCGUAUAGAGUACAGCUGAUUCGUAACGAUCGAUUUAUGUGAUUCCGACGUAGCAAUACAAUAUCCGUAUCCGCCGAAGUGAGGAAUAAAGGAGAAAAUGGACUUUUGAUAUUCGUACUCGUGGUAAAAAACGAAAAAAAAAACUGUACAGAUACUUGCGGUGAUUGAAAGAUAAAUAAAUCAAAGUUGCUCAAACAAAUCUCCAGUCGUCGUCUUCGUCGUCGUCGGAAGAAGAACCAAGAAAAAUAUCGAAUCCCUUUCGAACACGAUCGGUCCUAGCAAAAGGUCGUCGAUGAUUUUUUUGGUAUUAACGCCAAACUGAACACAAACGGAAUAUUCGAAUCGUCGGGUGGAUCGACUCCAUCGUUCGUUCGUUCGUUCGUUCGUGAAGUCGUCGUUCUGAAGUGUACGUGUGCAGGUGUGUUUUUUUUUUUUUUAUAAAAAAAAAUAAAUAUCUAAAGUGAAGUGACACACGCGACACGUAAGGCCCAAAAAUGGUGCCGCAACAACAGGACAGCCCCUCAAGCUCGGGGAUUCCCCUGUUCGGAUCGCAACUUGUGGAUAAAAAUUCUCCUACACCCUACUCGGACGCCACACAGACCAAGAAGAACAAUCCAAACCACAUAAAACGUCCGAUGAACGCGUUCAUGGUUUGGUCCCAAAUAGAGCGUAGAAAAAUUUGCGAGGUACAGCCGGACAUGCACAACGCCGAGAUAAGCAAGAGGUUGGGCAGACGUUGGAAGACGUUGGACGAAGCGGAGAGGAAACCGUUCAUAGAGGAGGCGGAGAACCUUAGACAGCUACACAUGAUGGAGUACCCACACUACAAGUACAGACCGCGAAAAAAGACCACUAAACCGGCGCCGGCGCCCAAAGUAAAGGAGACCAAGAAGUCGAAGAAACAGCAGCAACAGCUGUCCACGUCCUCGUCGCACCUCACUAAAUUACAGAAAAAUGAUUCUAACAACAACAACAACAACAGCAACAAUCAAACACCGGUGAAGAGGCUACAGUCGUCCCCGCCGACGACGAACUCCAUUUCCAGGCUAAAGGCGAGAUUGGCGUUGGAGAAAAAAACACCGGCUUACACACCGACGCCACCGAUAAUAACCGCCAAAGUACCGAACAGUCCGUCGUGCGACACAAGGUUCCCCGAUUCACCGGAAUCCGCGAGUUAUUACGACGACACGUUCGCGGAGUGCGGGACGAUAAUGCAAACGUCGCAGAUAAAGGAGGAAAUGGACAUGGACGACGACGUAGAAUUCACGUCGGAGUUCACCAACGAUCGCCUCCUGUCCUCUAUAAGGCCAUUCUCCGAACCGAUAUCGAGGAAUUAUCAGAGGAGCGCCAACAAUUCCACCUCGUCGACGAUAUCCUCGUCGUCCGCGUCCGCCGCCUCGCCGUCACCCGCCACCGGCACCUCGUCCUCGUCCUCGUCCUCGUCCUCCUCACCGUCAUCGACGUCGACGCCAACCAAAACCGGGUUCACGGUCAAGGAGGAACCGGUCGAUCCCACGGGCACCGCGACCGCCACGGCGACCACCACGAUUCCCGUCAAAAUGGAAGAACCAACGAACAACACGAGUCUAGCGGACUUGGACUGUCUCACGGAUCUACUCGAAAUCCAACCCUGCGAUUUCAAGCUCGAUCUCGACAUCGACACUAUCACGACCGAGCUCGAUUCAUUUGAGACGGAUAGCUCAAGUAGCGGGUCGCACUUUGAAUUUUCAUGUACACCCGACGUUACGGACAUGUUCUCCGGCAUCGGUGACGAUAACAACGACUGGAUAACAUAUUGAGGACAGAUCGUUGAAAGACUGCCCUCGUAAGUCAAGUGAAAAGCUAAUAGUUCUUAUUAUUUUAUUUUUAUUUUUUUUAUUUUUUUUUUUUUUCUUCUCAUUCUCUCUUAGAAAAUAAGAAAGAUCGGGGCGAUGAAAGGAGCAAGAAAAACUCGGUAUAAUAAAUAUAACAAAUAAAUAGAAACAUAAAUAUAAUAAUAUAAAGAUUUUUACACCAAGUAUUUCGUUAGUCGCGAGAUGCUCACGUCGAUGAUGAUCUCUUGGUACAUAUGUAAGGUGUGUUUUUAUCAUUGCGAUUGAUUUUAAGUUUAUUAUCAUUAUUAUUAUUAUUAUCAUUAUUAUUAUUGUUAUCACUAUGAUUUCCGUUUUGCUAUUUACCGUCUGGUUCGUUCAGAAUUUCGCGAGGUGUGCGACUCGGUCGCAACCGAUAUACGUGGAAACACGAAAUGCCCGUAAUUUAAAGGGACGGUCGAAGGAGGAGGAGGCAUCCUGCAGGGACCGUUUCCGAAUGCUCAAGAGGGUUUUUUUCUUUUCCUUUUCGUUUGGUUUUUUUUUUUUUUCGUUUUUUUUUUUUUUUUUCCUUCACGUCAACACAUACGUAGUCGAAUAUACACACGUACGCACGUGUAUAUUGUACGUACGAAGUUUUUGCUCGAAGCAAAGGAGAAGAGGUGUUCUGUCUGGUGUCGCGGGCCGGAAGUGGUCCCAAACUACAGCUGUUUCCUGUUCAUACUCUGAUGGGUUUUCAUUCACUGGUACACUUGCGUGCUUACCGUGCGUGUGUUAUAUUUAUAUUUAUACACGUAAACCUAUAUUUUAUACCUUCGUGUGCGCCGCAGAGGCUGCAGUUUCUCUUAGGCGUGGCACCCAUCAGGGUUCCUGUGAACUUUAAAGUUUAAAGUACCUGUAGAGACGAGUCCUUUUACAGCAGCUGAUUUUUCUUGCGGCGCUCGGGCGAUUCAGCUGAGAAAUGUAAAAGGUGAGGGAAAAUGGAGAAAAAAAUCAAUUGAAAUAAAUUCAUCGUACAUCGUUAACAUCUGCUGGAAGUUUUCUUUGCAACGUCACUUCGUAGUUUGGGACUUACGGAAAAGCUCGCGUUUAGUCUGUAUAUUUUGUUGAAUAAUAUUAUGCAAUGACAAAAUUAAAAUCGGAUAGAUUCGGCAUAUGUGUUAUGAGUAUAUUCUGACAGAUGAGAUUACAGUUUGUUCUUUUUUCGUUCUUCGUAAUUUUUCAAAUUUCAAACGUUGGAGAGAAAUGAAAUACAGAGAUAUCGAAGAACGAAAGAGGAAGGAAUGAAUGAAUAAAAACCUGACAAAGUAAUCACAAAUGAUCGAUUAUCGAAAAUUUCGAAGAUGUAAUUUUUUCACUCAUAUAUAAACCACUGUUAAUUUUGAUUAUCGUUCUUACCAUUAUUUGUAUCGAUAUUUUUUUUCUUCUCUUUCAUUAGUCGGAUUUCUUUUUUUCGUUUUCAUAUCGUUGGGUGUCUCGGUCACGCUACCGGGACACGAUGAUAAGGUAAAAUAAUACUUUGUAGAUUAUGGCGGAAAUGAGACAGAGAGAAAAAAAGAGAUACAUGCGAUGCAUCGAGUUCUUUCGACAUUUGAAUCACGACGUAUAAUACGUAUUGUACAUUACACAUAAUUUAAUGGUAAAAACAGUAAAGGAAAACAAAAUUUUUUAAGUAAAAAGAUAUUUUCAAACGCUGUAAAAUACUAAUCUAUAUAAUAUAUAAAUAUAUAUAAAUAUCUAUACAUAUGAAUAUACCACCCUUAUAUAAUCUAAGAAAAAAUGAUGCGAUUAUAGCUGUUUUUCGUUCAUUCUCCAUAUUCCGAUGCAUUCUUUUCUUUCUUUCUUUUUUUAUUUUUUUUUUUUCUAGUGGUUACUUUUUCUUACAACUUGUACAUGUACUGUAGUAUACCAUACAUACAUGGAUUCGAUUCGUACGAUCCGGGAUGCCCGCACUUGGCAAAAAUUUGAAUGUUACAAAUAUUUUUACGAGAUCUGUGAGAAAAUGAUAGAUUCAAAGGAAAAAAAAAAUGAGAAAAAAAAUGAUCGUGCCGCAUUCGCAUCCUGUGGUUUUCCAAAAAAAUGAAGUGCAAAAGAAAAUAAGAAAUUCGGUCUUAUCGAUCAAUGGCCAUCGGGGACCUAAUCCACCUACUGUAUAAAAUACGUACGAUGUGUAAUACCACAGUUUUUACUUUCUCAUCGAUUCGAAACAAUGAGAUGGAAUGAAAUGAAAAGCAAUAAUCGAAGAAUAUCGAUCAAAUAAUUUGAAGGGAAACAGAGAAAAGAAAAGUGAAAACCAAUGAGAAAGUGAAAUGCGAAAUUUUGUACAUAUACAUUUUUUAAAGCCAGUGGCAAAUGCGGUGAUAUAUGCGUUACAGACAUGCCAAAAAACAAGAAAAAUAAAAAGCAAGUGGGUCAUUCCUGUUUUUUCUUUUCAUGUAUAUUGCGUUAGAUGCAUAUAGUAUACAUACGAUAUAAAUAUAUUAUAAAUAUACAUACAUAUUUAGUAAUAUAUUAUAACUGUUCUAUAGAUGAUAAAUAUAUUGUAGAAAUAGAGAAAGCAAUCUUACUGUGUAAUAAAACGAGAGGAACAACGUUUAACAAUUCAUUAUGUAUGUAUGUAUAUAUAUAUAAAAUAUCUACGCUACACGACAAAUUUAUAUACGUAUAUACAUAUAUAUACACAUAUAUAUAAUUAAGAACCAUCACGACAAUUUAUAUUUGGAUAUAUGUACUGCCAAUCCGAUGCGAUAUUGCAAUUAUUUAAAUCAAUUAUUAAUAUAAACGAUAAAAUUUGUAGAAUUAACAACAUCGCUAACAAAAACAAGAACAUAAAUUAAAAGAAGUUAUAAUCUACAUUGCGGAUUUCGCGGCACACUUACAACAUAACAUUCUAAAACGUUACAUACCUACGUGAAAUACAGACAUGGAAUUAUUUUGAUAAUUAUCGUUUUUAUUACAAUUAAUAUUACUGCUAUUAUUACUAUUAUUAUUGUCGUUAUUAUCAUUAUUAUUGAUUAUCAUUAAAUACGGGAUAUUAUGAAUAAUAAGUUGUUGCGCAGAGGUUGAAUUGAUGACUGCUUCGAACGAAAAAUCACGACAAUUUGCGUGAGGGUAAAAUAUUUUUCAAUCAUUUUCUUUUUCAGUUCACUAUUUCUUUUUCUUAUUCUUUCGUUCUUUCAUAAAGUGUGCAAGUGGUUGUCAUGCCGAAUGUUUGAUAUAAAAAUCAACAAUCAUCAAAAUAUUGAUCUCAUGGUUUCUCAAUAAUUAAUUUAAAUAAUUGAUAUUAUCUUAUAGUUUUUUUUGUUCUAUUUGUUGAAUACAAUCAUCUAGUAUCACGUACAUAUAUUAAUGAUGUGUACAAAGGUGAUGACAGAAUGUUACACUUUCUUCUACACACGGACGAAAUAAAUAAUUUGAAAAAACGAAUGAACUAAUGAACAAAUAAAUAAAUACAUAAUUACAUACUUGACGUAUAUAAAAAGUUGAUGUGUGGGUAGGCACUUACUGUGCUUCGUCGGUAACGCUAUUUGGAAAUUGAAAUGGAAAUUGAAAUUGAAAUUGAAAUUGAAAUUGGUAUUGGAAUUGUAAGAUGAGUAACAACACCGUUCUAUAUUUUACAAACGUAAUUGUAUUUACACGAAAUCUUUAAUACUGCGAAAGAAAUGAUCGAUCGCAAUACCGUAUUUUACAAAGCACGCGAUAAUUAUGUGUACGUCUAUCGCUUGGAAUUGAAGUUAUAAACUUUUCUUCCCUAAAUUUUUCCCUCUCUUGAAAUAAUCAUUGGUCAAUAAACGGGAUGAAAUUACUCGGGGCCCUCGGGGGUAAAGUGAGUAGCUUCGUUCUUUCCCCGAUCUUCUACUCUUCGCAUCGCGAUAAAAGUGAAACGAGAUUCACCUAACGAAUAGAAGGAAAAAUGUUUAAAUUGAAAAUAGUGCCUACCAUCACCGACGUUCGUAACAGUUGGCGCAGAUAUUUUGAUCAACAAAAUAAAUAUAUAUAUAUAUAUGAAUACAUACAAGAUAUAUGAACAGAUAAAAUUUAAUUAAACAGAACAAAGAAAGAAAAAGGUGUGAAGAACCAAUUAAUAAACAAUAAUAACUUUGUACAAAAUUAACUACAGGGCCAAAAGUAAUAUGACGAUGAAACACAAUUUAAUUAUAUAUAUGAGAUAAAAAUAAAAAAGAACGAUACAACAAAUAAAAAUAAAAAUGAAUAUUUAGAAAAUUAUUUACACACGUUCGUACAAUGAAAUAAAAUCCUUACAAAAGAAAUGGACUAAAGAAAAAAGGAAAAUCAAAUAAAACGGUAAAUUCGAUCGUGGAUAACGCAAUACAGCGGGUCGUAUUAUACCCUCCCAUAAAAUAUCAUCCCUUUGUACAGUACGAAAUGGAAUGGAAAAGGAUGAGUUGGUAUAAAGCAGCGAUUAGGAGCGAAAGAACGAGAGAAUUCUAAAGUAAUUAAUUAUACCUAUUUAUGAUAAAAGCGGGCGAGAAAAAGACACAUAUAUUAUAUGGAACUAUAGCCGGAUCAUUAUAUAAAAUAUGAAAGAAAUAAAAUUAAAAACGAAAAACAAAAAGGAAAAUAAGCUAAAUUGUCAAACGAAGAAUAAAAAUAAUAUGAAGACACAUUAACAAAUUUUAAUAACUAUAAUAGAAAAACAAAACCUCUGUAACAUACUAACAUUAUACAGGCUGUGAAUGUCUCUGGAAUCAGAUUAAACAAAAAUGAAAAUAGUGUGAAGCAUGUAACCGAGAAAACGAGAGAGAAGAACAGGAAAUAAAAA